AGGAAACUGGCGGGAGAGUCGGGAAGGUUAAGAAUGGCUGAUCAGGGGCUCGAAAUGGCCUCCAUGAUUCCAGCCCUCCGGGAACUGGGCAGUGCUACUCCAGAAGAAUAUAAUACUGUGGUACAGAAGCCAAGACAAAUACUCUGCCAGUUCAUUGAUCGAAUCCUUGUGGAUGUAGAUGUUGUGGCUCUAGAACUGAUGAAGAAAACUGAAUCCCAGCCAAGUUCUGUAAUGCUGCUUGACUUUAUUCUGCAUAUCAUGAAAUCAUCUCCACUUGUGUUUAUAAAUGUAACUGGAGCUGACCAGCAAAAUGACACAGAUUCCAGCUGUAUUGAAUUCAGCAAUUGGAUUAUAGCAAGACUUCUGAGAAUUGCUGCCAGUCCAGACUGCCAUAUUUUACAUGAGAACAUUAGUGAUGUCAUUUGUUCUUUACUCUGCCUUUUCAAAGUCAAGAACUGUGUCCUGUUUAACUUGGUGACAAAAGAACUGCUGCAUCUUCUUCAGGAUCUGAUUUCAAUCCAUGAAAAGAAUACAAAGAUAAUUUCGACUUGGCCUGUGAUUGUGAACAGAUUUUCUUGCAAUUCCACUGUAAAUCUGGGCAGCUUAAGUUCUGUCCAGCUACAGUUAAAUGGAAUGAAUAAUGUGGAAUGCUUGGAAAUAACUUCAAUAAAAAUUCUUACUAAUAUUGUUUCUUACAUGUAUUUCAAACCACAAGAUAUUACUCUUUUUGGAAUGGGAUGCUCCCUUUUGGACUAUGCUAGUUCUAAAGUUAAAGUUUUGAGUAUGGUAUAUUUAACAGAACUCCUAGAGCUUGGAGGACUUCCAGAAGAGCUAGCCAGCAGUUUCUUCUCAUUUCUGUUUGGAAUUUUGCAAUCCAUUCCUGUAAUGGAUGCUAGAAAGUUGGAAUUAUACGAGGAACCACUCUUAAUAUUGGUGAGAACUUUAUUUCCUUUUCAAAUUUAUUCCCAUGAGACUUUUGAACCUAUUUAUCUAAACAUACUACUGGAAAAACUUCAUGCAUUGUUUGAAGCUGAUGUGCUCGGGUUUCUUCGGUCUAUGAAGAUAAAAGAAGUAUUAUGUCACAUACUGCAGUAUUUCUUGAUGUAUGUGCCAGCUGGAUAUGAAUCAGCUGUUCCAGUUAGAAAGACUUAUAUUAACAGCAUUUGCAGAUUUUUCAUCUCAGCAAUUGGAAGCCAGGCAGAACAAGAGUAUCUGCUGAGUCCACUCUAUGUAGCUUUGAAGACUGUUACAGCAGAGAUCAUCCAGGAGCUGCAAUGUAGCUGUUAUCCAGAGACUUCUGAUACUGAUGGGGGAAGUUGUAGCAGUAGUGAUGAAGUUCCUCAAAAAAGGCUUUGUUUAUGUCUAUCCUUAAAACAUCCUAAAAAUUUGCCAGUACCACCUAAGCUCCAUUCUGUGAACAUGAAAAUGAAGAGCAUGUUGUGGAAUUCGAUAUGCCAAAAAGCAGAGUCUCUACUGUUGCUUUUGGAACAAGACAUUCUUCCAGUGGAAGUUCUGCAACCUGUAGAAGGAAUUGCUUUAAUAGCUCAACUAGCUGCUCUGUGUACAGUCCAUUCUAUACAACAUUUCAACAGUCAUGAAAAUGAUAAUGCUUCAGAAUCAAGAGAACAUGUCCAAUUAAUAUGGAUUUCUUCAGAAUUUAUCAUGAGAGGAAUAAAAGUUUGUUGGAAGCUUUUGGAUCCUGCUUCACGGGUAACUGACCUCGAGCCAGUGAUUCAAAAAGUGGUGAAAAUAAUUGAUGCCUUACUUUAUAUGCAAGUUAAAGUCCAGUUAAAUGAUGAGGUGUUUGAAAACAUGUUUGGAAUACUAUCUUUGCCAUGGAUUUCCAGUCAUUCAGAUGAUUUUCCAUCCAUGCUCCCUGGUCUUGAUUUGGAUCUUUUGACCUUCAGUCGACAUCUGGCAAGCCAUUUUACACCUGAAAUUCGUUCAAAUUGUGUGUUUCUUCUUUCUCUGCUUCCAAAGAGAUUGCAUCUGAAAUGGAGGAAUACUGUGUAUCAGCACGCGCUUCAGAGUCCCCAUGAAGCUAUCAGAGCUAGUUGUAUUAACGGCUUUCCUAUUUUGCUCCACCAGUUAGGCAUAAAAGCCUGUACCACGUUGCCCACAUGUUUUUUAGACCACAUACAGGAUGAAUCUCUACUAGUCCAGAAGGCUUAUGCUGGUAUCAUUGGAAAUCUAGCUUGCUGUCUUUCUGGCAGCUUUAAUUUAAGGCCACCCUCAGCUGAGCUUGACACCCAUCUGAGAAUUAGCAGUCUCCUCUGUAGUAGAUUUAUUGUUACUUCUCAAGAAGAAAAGCAUGCAGUGAAAGCUGAUGUAUUUAAACCUUUUUUAUAUCUUCUUGAAAGCAAUAUCUCUAGUUCAGUAAAACUUGUUUUAAUAAAGAACAUUCCUUUACUGUGCAAACAUUUGGACGUCAGAAAAGAUAAAUUGAAUGUGAAAACUGUUGUCGGAGCUUUCUUAAAGCUGUUGGAAGAUCCAGAUAAAGAUGUAAGAGUGGCCUUUAGUAGUCACAUCAAAUAUAUAUUAAAUGCUUCAGACUCUGAAGAAGGAUUCAUCAAAGAGCUGUUUGUUUCCAGAAUGAAAGAGGCUUAUACAAAUGCAAAAAUAUCAAGGAACAGUGAGCUGAAAGACACACUGAUUCUCACUACAGGAGAUAUUGGAAGGUCAGCAACAGGAGAUUUGGUACGUUUUGCACUGUUGCACCUGCUGCAUUGCUUAUUAUCCAAGUCAGCAUCUGUCGCAGGAUCAGCAUACACGGAAAUCAGAAUGCUGGCUGCUGCCAAGUCUGUAAAACUUCAGGCUUUUUUCAGUCAGUACAAGAAACCCAUCUGUCAGUUUUUAGCAGAAUCUCUACACUCCACUCAAAUGGCCCUGCUUUCAAACACUCCCCAGCAAAGCAGUGAAAUGCAGAAGCAAGAGAUUGUUCAUCAGAGAGACAUGGUGCUGGACACGUUAUCUGAAAUUGCUAAUGUUUUUGAUUUCCCAGACCUCAAUCGUUUUCUUAGUCGGAUUCUCCAAGUGCUUUUGCCUGACCUUGCUGCCAAGGCUAGUCCUGCAGCCUCGGUACUUAUCCGAAUGAUAGCAAAACAACUAAACGUAAACCGCAGAGAGAUCCUCAUUAACAAUUUCAAGUACAUCUUCUCUCAUUUAGUUUGCUUCUGUAGUAAAGAUGAGCUGGAGCGAGCUCUUCAUUUUCUUAAGAAUGAAACAGAGAUAGAACUGGGAAGCUUGCUCAGACAGGAUUUUCAGGGAUUGCAUAAUGAAUUGUUGCUCCGAAUAGGGGAGCACUAUCAGCAGGUCUUCAAUGGAUUAUCAAUUCUAGCUUCAUUUGCUUCGAAUGAUGACCCAUAUCAAGGACCAAAGGACAUCACAUCUCCUGAGCAAAUGGCUGAUUAUUUACAACCAAAAUUGCUAGGCAUCUUGGCCUUUUUCAACAUGCAGUUGUUGAGCUCCAGUAUUGGAAUUGAAGAUAAGAAAAUGGCAUUAAACAGUUUGAUGGCUUUAAUGAAACUUAUGGGCCCUAAACAUAUAAGCGCAGUGAGAGUGAAGAUGAUGACAACACUAAGGACGGGGCUGAGAUAUAAAGAUGAUUUCCCACACCUGUGUUGCAAGGCAUGGGAUUGCUUUGUACGAUGCUUGGAUCAAACUCAUCUUGGGUCUCUUCUGAGUCAUGUGAUAGUAGCUCUGUUGCCCCUCAUACAUAUUCAGCAAAAAGAAACAGCAGCAAUCUUCCAUUUUCUUAUAGUUGAGAACAGGGAUGCAGUCCAAGACUUCUUGCAUGAAAUUUAUUUUUUACCUGAUCAUCCAGAACUCAAAGAAAUCCAAAUAGUUCUUCAGGAAUAUAGAAAGGAGACUUCCAGGAGCACAGACUUGCAGACAGCACUACAGCUUUCCAUGAAAGCUAUUCAGCAUGAGAAUGUAGAUGUUCGGAUCCAUGCUCUCACCAGUCUAAAGGAAACAUUAUAUAAAAACCAAGAAACUCUGAUAAAAUAUGCAACAGAUAGUGAAACUGUUGAGCCAGUUGUUUCUCAGCUGGUGACAGUCCUCCUGAUUGGCUGUCAGGAUGUGAAUUCUCAUGUACGACUACUCUGUGGGGAGUGUUUAGGAGAAUUGGGAGCUAUAGAUCCUGGAAGGUUGGAUUUUUCAACAAGUGACAACCAAGGAAAAGGACUUCUGUUUGUGGCGGGUGUAGAAGAUUCAAACUUUGCAUAUGGAUUACUCAUGGAAUUGACAAGGGCAUUCCUUGCUUAUGCUGACAAUGUCCGGGCUCAAGAUUCUGCUUCAUAUGCAAUUCAGGAACUGCUAUCUAUCUAUAACUGUAGUGAGAUGUCUACUGAUGAAGCAGGCUCAGCGCUUUGGAAAAUGUUUCCAGAACAUAUUCAGGAAAUACUGGAACCUCAUUUAAAAACACGAUACAAGAGUUAUCAAAAGGCUAUCAAUUGGUCUAAAAUGAAGAAGCCAAUUUACUUAAGUAAAUUAGGCAAAAACUUUGCAGAAUGGUCAGCAACCUGGGCUGGUUAUCUAAUAAUAAAGGUACGACAUGAUCUUGCCAGUAAGGUUUUUAAUUGCUGCAGUAUUAUGAUGAAGAAUGACUUUAAAGUGACCAUCUAUCUUCUUCCUCACAUUCUUGUUUAUGUCCUUUUGGGAUGCAAUCAGGAAGAUCAACAAGAGGUUUAUGCAGAAAUCAUGGCUGUUUUGAAAAAUGAUGACAUCUGUACAAGACAAUGUGAAGAUAGUGCUUCUGAUCUGAGUCAUUUAAGCACACAGACAGUGUUCUCUAUGCUUGAUCAUCUAACACAGUGGGCUAGGUAUAAAUUUCAAAAACUGAGUGUCGAGAAAGCUGCUGGCAUGUCAACUAAAGACGUCACAGAAUCACCAGCUUCAAAUCAGGAAUAUGAAGAAUAUCAAAAUGUAGCUCGCUUUCUUGACCUCAUACCCCAGGACACGUUGGCUGUGGCUUCUUUUCGCUCCAGAGCUUACACCAGAGCAGUAAUGCACUUUGAAUCAUUCAUCAUAGAAAAGAAACAAAACAUUCAGAAGCAUCUUGGAUUUCUUCAGAAACUCUAUGCAGCAAUGCAUGAACCAGAUGGAGUCGAAGGAGUGAGUGCGUUACGGAAGGCUGAGCCAUCUCUCAAAGAGCAAAUUCUUGAACACGAAAGUAUUGGGUUGUUGAGAGACGCCACUGCCUGCUAUGAUCGAGCAAUUCAGCUAGAACCUGAACAGAUAAUUCAUUACCAAGGUGUGGUGAAGUCCAUGUUAGGUCUUGGUCAGUUUUCUACUGUAAUCACUCAAGUGAAUGGAGUACUUGCUAAAAGACCUGAAUGGACACCUGAAUUAAACAGCUACAGAGUAGAGGCUGCCUGGAAAUUGACACAGUGGGAUUCCCUGGAAAAUUAUUUAGCUUCAGAUGGGAAGUCUAAUACAUGGAGUAUUAGGCUUGGACAGUUGCUGCUGUCAGCCAAAAAGAAAGAAGUGGCCACUUUCUAUGAAACUUUGAGAACUGUUCGAGCAGAACAGAUAGUUCCUCUUUCAGCAGCAAGUUUUGAAAGGGGCUCCUACCAACGAGGAUAUGAAUAUAUUAUUAGGUUACAUAUGCUUUGUGAGCUGGAGCACAGUGUUGGAUCCCUGCUUCAAAAACCUGAUAAUUAUUAUGGUAAAGAUUCUUUGAACUGGCAUGCUCGUUUAGAAAUGACACAGAACUCAUACAGAGCUAAAGAGCCAAUCCUGGCACUUAGACGGGCUUUGCUUGGCCUCGCCAAAAGAGAGGAUUAUAGUGAGCAAAUGGGAGAAUGUUGGCUCCAAAGUGCCAGAGUAGCUCGUAAAGCUGGUCAUCACCAAACGGCUUAUAAUGCUCUCCUCAAUGCUGGAGAAUCCAAAUUAUCUGAACUUUAUGUGGAAAGAGCAAAGUGGCUGUGGUCUAAGGGUGAAGCUCAUCAGGGUCUUAUCAUUCUUCAAAAGGGAGUUGAGUUAUGUUUUCCAGAUAGUCAAGAAUUGUGUGAUACUAAAAGCAAGCUAAUUCAUGGGCAGGCCCUGUUGUUGGUGGGCAGAUUUAUGGAAGAAACAGCCAACUUUGAGAGUAAUGCAGUAAUGAAAAAAUACAAGGAUGUCACCACUUGCUUGCCAGAAUGGGAGAAUGGGCACUUUUAUCUUGCUAAAUACUAUGAUAAAGUGAUGCCUACGGUAACAGAGAACAAGAUGGAAAAGCAGGGAGACCUGAUUAAAUACAUCGUUAUUCAUUUUGGAAGAUCUUUGUAUUUUGGAAACCAAUUCAUAUACCAGUCAAUGCCAAGAAUGUUGUCUUUGUGGCUAGACUUUGGAGCAAAAGCAUAUGAAUACGAGAAAGCUGGUCGCCAUGAUCGUGCACAAAUGAAAAAUGACUUGGCUAAAAUCAACAAAGUGAUUACAGAGCAUACACAAGUCUUGGCUCCUUAUCAGUUUUUGACAGCUUUCUCUCAGCUGAUUUCCCGAAUCUGCCAUUCACAUGAUGAAGUUUUCCUUGUUCUUAUGGCAAUCAUUGCUAAGGUUUUUCUAGCCUACCCUCAACAAGCUAUGUGGAUGAUGGCUGCUGUAUCUAAGUCAUCCUAUCCAAUGCGGGCAACCAGAUGCAAAGAAAUCUUAAAUAAAGCUAUUAAUAUGAAGGCAUCUUUGGGCAAGUUUAUUGUGGAUGCAGCUCGUCUGACUGAUAAACUCCUAGAACUUUGUAACAAAUCGGUUGAUGGAAACACCUCCACUUUAAGCAUGGCUAUUCAUUUCAAAAAUCUCAAGAGGCUGGUAGAAGACCAAACAUUUAGUCAGAUUCUUAUUCCUUUGCAAUCUGUAAUGAUACCAACCCUCCCUUCAGUUCCUGGAACACAUUCCAAUCAUGAUCCAUUUCCUGGAUGUUGGGCUUACAUUAAAAGUUUUGGUGAUACAGUUGAAAUCCUUCCAUCUCUUCAGAAGCCCAAGAAGAUUACUUUAAAAGGUUCAGAUGGGAAAUCCUAUAUCAUGAUGUGUAAGCCGAAAGAUGAUCUUAGAAAAGACUGUCGACUCAUGGAGUUCAAUUCCCUCAUAAAUAAGUGCUUAAGAAAGGAUGCAGAGUCACGAAGACGAGAACUCCACAUCCGAACCUAUGCUGUCAUUCCCCUGAACGAGGAAUGUGGAAUCAUUGAAUGGGUGAACAACACUGCUGGUUUGCGAAAUAUCCUCAUCAAAUUAUACAAAGAAAAAGGCAUCUACAUGACUGGUAAAGAGCUACGUCAGUGUAUCAUUCCAAAGACAGCACCUUUAUCUGAAAAGUUAAAAGUUUACAAAGAAACUCUGCUUCCUCGGCAUCCUCCAAUUUUUUAUGAGUGGUUUCUGAGAAAAUUCCCUGAUCCUACCUCAUGGUACAGCAGCAGAUCAGCCUAUUGUCGUUCCACUGCAGUUAUGUCGAUGGUUGGGUACAUACUGGGUCUUGGGGACCGUCAUGGAGAAAAUAUUCUGUUUGAUUCUCUAACAGGUGAAUGUGUGCAUGUAGAUUUCAACUGUCUGUUUAAUAAGGGAGAAACGUUUGAUUUUCCGGAAAUUGUUCCAUUUCGCCUUACUCAUAAUAUGGUCAAUGGGAUGGGUCCAAUGGGCACAGAAGGCCUCUUCAGGAGAGCUUGUGAAGUUACCUUGAGACUUAUGCGUAACCAGAGAGAACCACUCAUGAGCGUUUUGAAGACUUUUCUCCACGAUCCUCUUGUGGAGUGGAGUAAACCAGUUAGAGGCAAUACAAAAAACUUAGUAAAUGAAACCGGAGAAAUUGUCAAUGAAAAGGCCAAGACCCAUGUGCAAGAUAUAGAUCAGCGGCUGCAGGGUGUGAUUAAAAAUAGGAACAGGGUAAAGGGCCUACCACUGUCAAUUGAAGGACACGUUCACCAUCUUAUUCAAGAUGCAACUGACGAAAACUUGCUGUGCCAGAUGUAUCUUGGGUGGGCACCAUAUAUGUGAAAUGUUGUCAUUUGCAAUAGUUGCCAUAGUUAAUUUGUUAAACAAACUUUAGUAAUUUCUGCCAAUGAGGAUCAGUUUUUCAAUGUUUAUAUUGUGUGUAAAUAUUGUUUCUAUUGAUACAGUUGAAAUUCCAUUUAUAGAAAUUAUUUCAGUAAAAAUCUUUGAAUACAAAA